UUGCUGCUGUAAGCUGCAUAAGGAGAAUGGAAAGUGUAGGUACCGCAUGGUCAAUGACAAUACGGCUUGCUCGGGUACAGGUCAAUCUAAUGGGAUGCCAUGUUUUUCCAUGCCUAUGAUAACACCGGUAUGUACGUGCUGUAUAAAUUGUAGUAAAGAUAUGGGCCGAUGCAUGAAUGAAAGUUAUAGUACAGCCAUGCCUGGAAUGGAUAACCCAACUUCACAGCCAAAAUAUCUUACUACUACUACUACUACUACUACUAGCUCAGACAGCUCUCCGGCCGUUACUGUUGUGGUGGUGUCGUCUUGUGUGGUCAUCGCGGUGAUAGCCAUUCUCAUCACAGCUUGUUAUUGGAUUGACAAAAAACACAAAGGAAAUGG